CUGGGAAAGGGAGCGUCUCUGCUGGAGGUAGCGGAGGCAGCCGAGACAGCCGCCCGCACCGCAGACACUCACAGGCUGCAGGCACCGCGGAGGAAACGCAACUGAGAGAGUCAUGGUAGCUGGGAGAAUGCGCUCCACUCGCAGACUGCGCUCCUGGAUCGUCGAACAGGUCAGCAGUGGGAAGUACCCGGGGCUGGUGUGGGACGACGACGCCAAAACAAUGUUCCGCAUCCCUUGGAAGCACGCCGGGAAACAGGACUUCCGGAAGGACGAGGACGCCGCCAUCUUCAAGGCGUGGGCGGAGUUCAAAGGCAAGCUGACAGACGGGGGGCAGGACAACCCGGCGUCCUGGAAGACGCGGCUGCGCUGCGCCCUGAACAAGAGUCCGGAGUUCAGCGAGGUGAUGGAGCGAGCCCAGCUGGACAUCACCGAGCCGUACAAGGUCUACCGCCUGGUCCCCAUCAACGAGCAGGGUGUGGUGGUUCCUGAAAAGAAAUGCAGAGUAAAAGCCGCCAAGAGGCCGAAAAGGAGGAGGAGGAGCACCGACUCUGAGAGCAGCGACGACAGUGAGGUCAAGCAGAUAAAGACGGAGGAGGCCACCUCACAGCUGUGUGUGGAAGACAUUGUGCUGUGGAGUGGCAUCCCCGUCCAGACAGAAGAACCCGCUCAGCACGCCGCCACCAUACAGGGAGACGUCAAUGAGAUCAGGUUGGACGUGCGGAUCGAGGAGAGCGUUCCUGCUCCAGCAGGAGUCCAGGACUCGUUCAACGUGGUGAUCCAUUAUUUAGGACAGGAGGUUCUCAAACGCCAAAUCCAGAGCACUGACCUCAAGAUAAUGUACUUGCCUCCCUCUCCCGUUCCCCCGACGCCGGCCGCCCUGAAGGGCGGGUUUCCGCGCAUCCCGCUGCCGGAGCCGCCCUCCACGCUGCCGGCCGUCCCGGAGCUGCAGGCCCUGUUCACCCUGCUGCCCUUCAUGGAGAAAGGGGUGGCGCUGACCGCCACGCCGCGGGGAGUCUACGGAAAACGCUUCUGCCAGGGGCGGGUCUUCUGGACGGGGCCGCACACGACCACGGGGCUGCACAAGAUGGAGAGAAACACGGAGCCGGUCAUGCUCUUCAGCAAAGACUGCUUCAAGCAACAACUGGACCACUUCCGUCUAAAUGGCGGCGAGCCUCCUCAGUCCGGCGUCACGCUGUGUUUCGGAGAAGAGCUGAGUCACACUGAAGACCCGUCUAGAAAACUCAUCAUAGUUCAGGUAAAUAUCACGUUCCCGUGGGCAGAACAGCAGGUCCAGAACGUCCAGAACGUCCAGUCCGUCUUCGACUCCUUUAGCUCCCUCUACACGUUGGCCAGUCAGUCUCCACAGGGAGAAAUCACACUGAACCUGAUCGCCGUGCCUUCACCGGACUCGGAGGCAAUCACCUGCGGGAGCGUCUGAGCACUUUGUCUGGCAUGAAGGGGGAGUUUUCAUUCCAAAAUAAAAGGCAACCCAGUCGCUCACAAAAUAACAGCCUAGAGGGUUGAGCGAUAAAUCACCAUGGUAAUCACCUUAAAUGUGUCCGAAUUCUCCCGGAGAGAUUUCCGAUACCAAAAUAAAAGCAUAGAUUUCUGAUACCAAAAUAAAAGCAUCUGAUGCUUUUAUUUUAAUAUAGCACUUACCAAAACUCAAAUAGGAAACUUCAAUACUGGACUCCUUUUUUCUUUUCCCUGAAAAUGGAUAGUGAACAUUUUGGGGAUGGACUUUGGCCCCUCACGUCCUCGUAGAGAUCAGCUGGUGAACUGGAAGCACUACAUGUUGAACCAACACUGAGAAGUCGUCUUCACCGCUGCAACGAUUAGUCGAUCGACAGAAUCAGGUCCAUCGUUUCAACACUCUCUGGUUUCAGCUUCUCAAAUGUGACCAUCUGCAUUUUGUCUUUGUCACAUAUGAAGGUAGCUUUCUUGGUGGUUUUCGAAGUUUAGUGAAGAUAGUUUUACUAUUUUUUACAUUUCUAUAGACUGAACAGUUAAUCCAGACAAUAAUCCAUAGUUGCAGUUCUAGUCGUCUUGUUUCCCCGGGGUUCUCUGGAAAAUAUUGAAAAUGUGAUGUUAACUCUGAUCAUGGCUGCACGGCUGUCUUUCCUCUAAGCCAGUGGUUCCCAACCUAUGGUUCUGGACCCUCAGAAAGGGUCGCAAGUUACCUCCGAGAGGAUCAAGAGACCUUAGACAUUACGUUCCCAUACAUCGAAACAGCGUUGCCGAUUUACGUUCGCAGGAGAAAUGCAUUUUCUCCCCGGUUACAUUUGUUUUUGAAUUAUUACAAAAAUGAAUGACAAAGUCCUCGAGGUCGAGGUGGAUGGAUGGAUGGGUUAUAAAAACAAGCCUGUGUUUUCAUAACCCACCCAUCCAUCCAUCCGCUCGACUUCCAGGACUCUACAAAUGUAACCCGGGGAGAAAAUAGGUUUCUCCUGCAAACGUAUAUUGACUAUGUUGUGUUCCGUGUGAAACCAAAAACAGUAUUCACCAAGCGUACCUAUUCUUUUUUUGUUAUGUAACAAAUGUACUUAAUUAACCCAAACCAGGAUCUUCUCCUCAACCUAACCAAGUCUUUUUUGUAUUAAUUCCCAACAUUAACGAGGCGUUUAAAACUGCGACCGUAAUCUGGGAGAAAAACCCAUUUAAAACCAGGUUGAAAAUGCUGUUUAGUUUGCACGGGAACGUCAUUUUGUAGGACACAGGGUUUCAAGAGAAGAAAAGCAGAAAAUCACACGUCUGCUUCCCAAUAUUAACUAAUCUUUGCUGGGGGUUUUUUGUCUUGGAAAAUUGUUGGAUAAUUUUAGGGGUUUUAUUUAAAUGAAGCAGAAACAACCUGAAACGGUUGGGAACCACUGAUGCAACUUAGCAACUGAUAGCGUUGAGAAACAUGUAGAAAAGGAACAAAAUGUUGAAAUUUUGACCCAUAUAAAGACAAAGUUGCAUGGUUGACAGGAAGACAAAAGGGUUAAACAUUUACACGUCAGAUAUUAAUUAAGUAAAAUAAAAAGGGAAACACGCCAUAAAAGGAGGUUGAAGCUACAAUAAAAAAAAACACAAAAAAAGAUCAGUAGAGUAGUGAAAAAAAAUAUAUAACUUGCAAUAAUGUUUACUUUUUUUAAUGUAACACCUGUUAGUCUAAUUCAACUCUAAGGGUAGUUCUUUUUCAUGUUAGUUAGGCUUCUUAAGUUAAACACAUGGAUACAUUUUUUAAAAUGUGGGUUGAAGGUUUUUUUUUCUUUUUUCUUCAUAGAUAAACGUUUCACACUGUUGAUGAGACUCGAGGUUUGAAGCAGACCCAACAUUCUUUACUCCUGUUAUUCAUCUGGGACAAUCGGUGCAUUUUUAUUAUUGUGUGUUAAUGUGUGAGAAAGAAAAUCAAAUUUUACAAGAGUGUACCCAGUUAAGACUUGGGAUUUGGGUUUUGAGAGUUGCACUAUAUUCGGACACUGCUUUAAACAUUUAAAAUGUUUUACGGUUGUUAUGGAUAGUUAAAAGGACAAAGGGACAAAAACAGACAUUUCAAAACUAAAGUCUUGUAGUAAAAACAAGUCUGCUGAAGCUCAGAAUAUUUGGUUUUUGUUGAGGCUUAAAGGUGGUAGUCUGGCGUGUUGUCAGACAAAUAUCCCGCUAGGUGUCUGUGUGGCAGUGCAUGCAACACUGUUCCUCUUCUAGUGCAGUUGAAAUUUUUAUGCAAAGGAUAUGUCCUACUUUUUUGCAAAAGUAGGACAUAUCCUUUGCAUAAAUAACAUCAUUUUGUAGCCACUGAUGCACCAGUCAUUCAGGCAAUUUUCUAAAAGCUCUUAUUUCAAGAGUUGUGAUAGUAACACUUUACUUUAACCCCUUCAUUUAGUUUUAGUAAGCACUAUAUAAGCUUUUAAUAAACUGUCUAUAACACACUUUAAUGUAGUUGUAUGCAGCUAUAAGAGGACAUGUUUAAGUGUUUAUUAAUGUACGGUUUUGUCAGCAAUUAUAACUUUUCCUACAAAGACAUAUUGUGUUUUACUAUAUUGUCAUUCAUUAUCCAUUCCACGGUCCCGCUGCUCCACUGGAGGAGUUAUAGUUGUUGAGAAAUGCAUUAAUAAACACUUAAAAAUGUCCUUAUAUCUGCUUACAACUACAUUUUAGUGUAGUGUAAAAAAAAA